AUGGCGACAAUUCCAAAGAAUCGAGCUUCAUUUUCUGCAGCACCCGGUGCUCUGCUUUCUAUUCCAUAUUCAGCAACACCAGGUGAAGUGAAAAACUUCGAUCUUAGUCUCUCAUCCCUUGACACAACAGCAAUCACUCCUGAAGAUCCACCGUAUCUAUCGAGCCAAUUGACCAGUGCAGAGUGGAUUCAACGAUAUGGAUUGAAAUCGCAGAAAUUGACAUUCGAUCAAAUUCUACAACAAAUCGGAUACAAACGACUUGAAAGUUUUAUUCCAUCGAUUGGUAAGAGUGUCGGUGCCAAAUAUACCGGUAACGAAUAUCGUGAAGUACAACAGGAUAAUGGUGAUCAUUAUAUCUUGACAUGUCGUCCGGAGAAAUUACGCGAAUUUAAGAAUCACCUGGUACGAAUGUUGAGUCUAUUACGAAAACGCUUAGCAUUCAUCACCAGUGGAUCACGCCGUGUGUUUGGGAUGAUUGGAGAGCCGAGUGUAUGUUUUGUAUGCGAUUGUAAAACAACAGAUCAUAAACGAUUUAAUCAAUUUCAAUCGACUGUAACGAGUUUACUUAAAGAACAAGUGUCCAAAAUCAAACGAUUCAACAUUAUUUGGGUUUCAAAUGAUAAGGAAGAUUUUCAAGAACGACCUGCUGAUGUCACUUCCACCACGAUUGAUCAAGCUAUUGAUUGGAUUACUGCUCGGAGUUGUGCUCGAAACAAGAUCUCCAUCAGUGCAACAUGUGAGGCUAUGCUGCGCGCUUUCGCAAAUUCUGUGCAUAGUAUAUACCUGAUUACCGAAGGCGAAUCAUCUGAUUCUGCUCGUGAAAUUCUACGUGAUAAUAUUGUCAAAGCACGUCUGUCACUAAACACGCCGAUACCUGUUCAUGUCGUUUCGUUAUUCUGUAACAACAAUGAUACUGAAACCUUUCUGCGUUCUAUUGCUAAAACGACCAAUGGCAAUUUUAUAUCAUACAAAAUUCAUCAUGAAAGAACCGAUUUAAGACUAUCGACGAAUGUCAGUGAUCCAACUGGAAUUAAAUUUCAAAAUAAUACUUUAUUGAUUGGCACAAAUACCGCUGCAUCGCAGCCUGAACAACCAAUUGAUUUAUCAUUGAUGUAUAAAGAAAUCAAUCAAUGCCAUAGCGUCAUUGAUCGGAUAGACAAAAUUCUUCAAUUUGUUCAAAAUGAUGAUGAAAAGGCCCUUCAAAAAUACGACGCAACAAAAUUAUCAAGUAGAGCGAGCGCAAAUACUGGUGGUAACAAUCAACAGCGUAGUCUCGUUAUUCAAUCGUCGGCUUUGUUCAACUCGGAUGAAAAUGAACUGUCAUCGAGUGAAUGGCUGAAAGCCUAUGGAAUCGAUGCACAGAAGUUAGAUGUUGCUUCUGUGCUUCAACCUGCAGCUUUUCGACAUUGUGACGGCGUUAUUACUACACUAAAUCCGCCACCGGAUGCCGUUGGAAAGUAUGAUAAAACACCUGCGAAUGCAAAAUCUAAAUUGAUCAACGCGAAAUACUGUGAUCAAUUUGCCCAUAUAACUUAUCCUGAUGGUACUAUUCGGCAUGUUUUCGUGACAACAGAUAUGCAUCGAGAUUACGAACGACGAAUCCAAGCUUUGCUCGAAAAGAUCAAAGCGCGGUUAUCUUGGCUGAGAAAAGGCAGUCGCGAUCUUUUCGGUACAAUUGUUGAGAAGAAUAUCUAUAUUUUAAUCGACACAUCAGUUAGUAUGAAAAAUCAUUUAGAAUUUGUCAAAGAUAAACUUCGUUUAUUAAUCAAAGAUCAAUUGUUCUCGAAAGAACGUAUCAACAUGGUGGCAUUUAACAGUGUGACAAACCCUUGGCGUGAUCGUUUAACGAAAAUUACUGAUUCGAAAACAACCACUCAACUUCAGACAUGGAUCGAUGAACUGUAUGCUGAAGGUUCAACAAAUACUUUAGCUGCACUUCGUUUUGCACUUGCUGAUACAGUCACAGAAGCGAUCUAUCUGUUAACCGAUGGACGACCUGAUCAGAGCGAACGGCAUAUUCUUUCCCAAGUUCAAUACCGUCAGAAAGUACCGAUACAUACCAUUGCAUUCAAUUGUCAAGAUCAAAUUGCAAACCAAUUUCUAAUUGAUUUAUCUAAACAAACAGGUGGCCGAUUUCAUUCAUUCAAUUACGGAUUGGGCGAUGAACCAUCACGUGAAAUACCGGAAAGUGAAGAUGUUAUUAAAUUGAAACAAGAAUUAGCACGUGGUGAAAAAGAACUGAAACAUGUAGCCGAUUUACGGGAUGAAUGUACCGGUCGUGCAUGGUCGUUGACUUCCAUCGAAGCUAAAUAUAAAAUUCCACAACUGAGUGCACGUCCCGUUUCGUUACCGAUGCGAACACAGAGCUCUUUAGAUACGGCGUCUCGAUCGAAGAUUGUUUCGUCAAUGCCACAUCGUCUAGAUCGGAGAAAAUGUUCUUCCGCAUUGUCGAGUCGUAAACAAAAGCCAAAACCAGGAGCAAAAGUUAUCGAUCGAACAAGUAGAGUUUAUUAUACACCCGAUCAGUGGCUUUUGCCAGAGACAGAAGAAUACCUAAGAAGAAAUGAUAAACAACACCAUCACGCGCCUAUUGUCGAACACUACGAAACACAACUAGACAAAGACAAUUUAUCCCCUUCCGAACCAACCGAAAAGAUGCCAACACCUUAUGAUGAAGUGAAAGCUUAUUUGAAAAAGAACAGUCUGGUCAACAGAGGUUUAACCAUACUCGAUGUUCUCUAUCCAACGUCCAUCACAAUAAGACAGCCAACAUAUGUACAAGUGAUUGAUCGUCAUGUUUUGGCUAAAGUUUGGGACGAUAUUUUACCAUUCACAUAUGGAUCACAUGUUAACAAACUUCGAUUAGUGAAUUGUUACGCUGUUGAUUUGGAAAAGUACGAAUCGAAUUUGAAAGAGCAAAUCGGUGAUUAUUAUAAAUUUACUUCGAGAUUUAUUUGGGAUCAUUUAAGUGAUGAUGACAAGAGAACACUUGCUCCAAGUGUUUAUUGGAUAACUUUAACAGAUGAAGAUCAAAAGGGAUUUGCUCAACAAAUAACUGCUGAUGAAUACGCCAGCCAAACGGCUUUGGAAUUAUUCGCUUGGCGUCAGUUGAGUGAUGAUAAACAAAAUAGCUUCCUGCAAAAAACACCGAGCUAUGGUGAUAAGACUCAAGUUAUCCUAAAGAAUGCACUAAAAAAUACCAACGAUGAGUCAGCUCUUGAAGGAGUUGCACGCAUGGAUACUGAAAUAAAACGAGCAGUCAAGUUCUUACAGAUUUCAACAGAUCUACGUCAACAUCAAAAGCGAGCUGAAAUUGAAUCGAAAUCAGUGGUUGAACAACAUCCAGUUGUUAAGACAAAACCAGCCAACCAUCGACAUAUUGGUCAACGUGUUCUCUGUCGUUAUGAUCCAGAUGGUUAUUUCUACAGCGGUACAUUACGUGCAGGUUUAGACGGUCGAUUGAUGGUUUUAUUUGAUAUGGACAUUGAACAAGAAGCUAUUGGACAUAUUCUCUGGCCAAAAAAUCAUUCCAAUAACUAUUCAACUCUAUUUUUGAAUGAUUGCGUACUUGUUCAUCAAAUGAGAGGUGAUGAAGAGUAUUGGACACCCGGUUUAGUCAUGGGUCUUCCGGGUGCUUUUGCUCUACCAUCGAAUACCUAUAUGAUUCAAGCACACGAUCCAAUGUCCAAACAUAUCUACGCGCACCGAAAGGAUCUGGUUCGGAUAACCGUAGCAUUAUAUCAACGAAGCGUUCUCUAUCUUGAACAUAUGUACCGAAGAACAGGGAGACGACCUGCACCAGUAGAACCAGAUACACCACCAGUUCAAACGCCAACUGAUUCUCAAACUCAAGAGACUCCUGGAGAUCUUCUUAGCAAACUAGAAGAAAAAAUCGAACGUUAUAAUGAAACAUAUCGUACUCAAUAUGAACAAUUGUUAAUGAUGCAAGAAGAUCAUACGGGAGCGAUCCGAAUUUUACAAGAAGACGUGAAAAAGCGACCACAGUCGGCACUAGUCCCAGCGGCGAAACCAAAAGUUGAGCGUGUAGUAGAUCCGUCACCACCACCACGACCAUCAAAAUCGAGGACGAGCCUAAAGUCGAAACCAAAACCAGAACCUGUAGUAGUUUCGCCAUCACCACCACCAAAAUCACCACGCAUUGAAAAUGGUACAGAAGUCUUUGCAGUGUGGUCUGAAGAUGAUGGAUUGGUUUAUAAAAGCAUUGUGGAACAAUCGGUUGAUGAGGAUCAUUACCAUGCUGUUCGUGACGAUUUAGACGGAAUCGAUGGUACUAUCGCACGUAAUGACAUAUUUCUCCGAGAAGAUCGUGUUCUUCUCAAAGACAGGCCUGAGAAAUCAUUUGCAUUUAUUCAAUACCCUGAUGAUAGUCGUCACUGUUUCUGUCCAGCCGUGAUCCGUCAUCAAAAAGGAAGCGAAACAACCGUUCGCUUUUAUGAUUGUCUCGAAACAGAUCUGGAUAGUAAAACAAAAGUCAUACCGAUCAACGAAAGUCAAUUUGAACAUUAUUCAAAACUACGUAUCGGAAAAGAAAUAUCUCUCUUGAAUCAAGUUACUGUCGCUUUCAAUAACAAAACUAACACAUUCAUGUUAGGUACAAUUAAAGAACGUAUUGGACUUGGUCAUACAUAUACUAUUGAAUGGCAUGAUGGGCGUGAGGGUAAACAAGACGAUGAAUUUUUGUUUACAGGAACAUUUUCACGGCCUGAUAAACACAAGAAGGGAGAUUAUGUUUUGGCUGUGAAUGAAACUAAUUAUGUAUACGAGCCAGCUAGAGUGAUUUCGGUUUCGCCCGAUCAUAAAACUGUAACAGUUAAAUACAUCGAUGUACAGAAUGAAAAAGAGGAUAGUUCAAGAGCAGAAACACACAUCUCGGCAACGGCGACAUUUAUAAUCAGUAAAGACCAUUAUAAUAGAAUUUUGAAGCUUUAUCGUAAGAAAUGA